AUGGGAGAGAAACGAAAUACGAGCUUGAUCAAAGAAUCUAACGUGGAUGUGCUUAUCAUUGGUGCGGGGCCAGCUGGUUUAAUGGCCGCCAAUGCGCUGGCGAAAUCGGGUGUCAAUGUUCGGAUCGUCGACCAAAGACCUGACAAGGUAGCGGCAGGCCAAGCAGAUGGUAUUCAACCUCGAACCAUAGAGAGCUAUGGUCUUGCAGAGAGACUAUUGAGAGAGGGGAACCAGAUGCAUAUGGCGGCGUUCUACAACCCUUCGGCUAGUGGCGGAAUUGAGCUUACGGACAGGGUCCCAGAUGUUACUGCACCUUCAGCGCGGUUUCCAUUUGAGGUUACUUUGCACCAAGGUGCGAUUGAGGCGAUAUUCCUCGACUCUAUGGAGAGUCUAGGCGUCAAGGUCUGCCGACCCCUCAUCCCAACGUCUAUUCAAGUAUCAGAAGAUGAUGAUCAGCUCAAGGACGUCAAUUCCCAUCCUGUGCGAGUAAGCUUCUUUCUUGAGCGAAGAUUUGUGAAUGAGAAUCUAGUGGUCUUGCGUAAUCUCAAUCCUUUUGAUGAUCACGAAGAAUCGGAAAUUGUACAUGCUAAAUUUGUUAUCGGCGCUGAUGGUGCCCACUCUUGGGUCCGCAAGACACUCGGUCUUACGAUGGACGGAGAACAGACGGAUUAUAUCUGGGGUGUUGUGGAUAUGACGCCCGACACAGAUUUUCCGGAUAUUCGAAACAGAUGUGCUAUCCAUUCGAAUAACGGAUCUUGCAUGAUCGUACCCAGAGAGGAAGACAAGGUUAGGCUGUAUGUCCAGCUUGACGAUCGGAACGCUGUGGAUGAGGAGAGCGGUAGGGUUGAUAAAAGUAAGAUCGGGCCGCAUGAAUUGCUUGACGCAACGCGAAAGAUUUUCCAUCCUUACAGUUUCAAGACUCCAGAGAGCUUUGAUUGGUGGACUAUUUACAUCAUUGGUCAGCGUGUUGCGUCAAAGUUCUCUGUCAAAGAUAGGGUUUUCAUCGCUGGAGAUGCGUGUCAUACACAUUCUCCAAAGGCUGGGCAGGGUAUGAAUGCAAGCAUGAACGACACACACAACUUGGCGUGGAAGCUGACACAAGUUCUGAGAGGCUGGGCCAACCUCUCGCUACUACAAACUUACGAGCUGGAGCGACGAGAAUACGCACAGAACCUCAUCUCUUUUGACCGACAGUUCGCAAGGCUCUUUUCUGGCAAGCCUCGAACGGAGGAGUGCAUGGACGGCGUUUCCCAUGAGGACUUCCUCAAAAUCUUUCAAACCUUUAGCGGCUUUACGAGUGGAAUCGGGAUUCACUAUGCGCCUUCUCCGAUAACCGACCCAAGCUACCAGGCACAUGCCAAAAAGUUGAUUAUAGGACAGCGAUUGCUACCCCAGAUAUUCGUGCGAGCUGCGGAUUCAAGGCCCAUAGAGAUCCAGGACCUCCUGCCGGCGGAUAGCCGCUUCAAACUGCUAGUGUUUGUAGGCGACUCCUCGGAUGCUACACGAAGAGAUCGUAUUCGUCGCGUGGCUGAAGAUAUUAGAGAUGUUGUUCGCCCAUAUUCACCGGAUGGUCUUACGGCUGUGUUUGAAAUUAUAGCAAUCAGUUGCACCAAGAAGGCAGAUGUGAGGCAUAAUGAACUUUCGGAGCUUUUUGGGUGCCAUUGGUCGAAGAUACUCCUUGACGAUAAAGACGUUAGGGGGAAGCAAGGCGGAGAUGGUUAUGUGAAUUAUGGAAUUGAACCAUCGGUGGGCGCUGUUGUUGUUGUUCGACCGGACGGAUACGUGGGGAUGGUUGCACCAUUCGAGAACGUGAAGGAGCUUGGUGCAUACUUCGUUGGGUUUAUGAAAGGAUUGAGCCCUAAUAUGUGAAGCAAAUUAGUUACCAUUUUCCGCUUUUC